AAGCGGGUGGGGGGCGGAAAUAGAUGCGAGUGGGACUUCCGGGCGCCGCCAUUUUGCCGGCGAAGGGCACGGAGCGACAGGGCGCCGGGUGAGGACAAGAAACCAUGGCAGGACACGAUGCGGGAAGUCAACACCAGUUCACUGGCUUUCAGAAAUACUUCAAUUCCUACACCCUGACAGGCAGGAGGAAUUAUGUAAUAGCCACGUAUAGCACCAUUGCAGCAAUUAUCCUGUUCUUCAAGCUAAGGUCUAAAAAAAAGGCUCCAGCUGUAACAGAGAAAUAGAGCGGUUGGCAUACCUAAAGCUCCCAUCUCAUGGUGUUUCAAUGGAAGCGAGAGUGGAUGCCCUCUUAUGUACAGUUUAAUAAACCAUGAAUAGUGA